CAUUAUUUUCGCGGGCAAUUAUAUAAAAUCCUGGCUAGUCAGUCACAUUCUUGCUUCAUACUGCUUUCUUUCUUCAGAGGCUUCUCCAAACACAUUCGUCAAACUCAUAUCUUUCGCGGUCGGCGGAACUGCGGCAGGGCAAAAGAUUGAGUUCUUGACUUCUUGGUUUGUAGGUUAAGCCGUCGACGCGUCGGCAGUCCAAACUUCCUGGCCGGCGUUCGCUAAAGGUCUUCUCUUUUUCUCACGCGGUUCUUCAGUUGUAGGAAUCUGGAAUUGUAUCCCUGUAGAAAGCCUACUCUCGAGAAUUUGCAAUGGAUGCAAUUUUAUCUUUGGAGUUUGAAUAUAAGAGGUUUAUUUCGCGAUGUCCGAAGCUUUCGGUGAUUCCCAAAUUCAAGUCACUUUUAGAUAAGGGGGAAAGUUUGACAGAAGAUGAAGUGGUGAAUGUAGUCUCAGAGCUCUUCUUACACUCUGAUUAUACAAUUCCCUUGUUGGGUUGUUUCCGAUCGAUAGCUCAAAAGAUCGUAGAGAGAAUAUUGUAUUUACUCAGACUAGUUCCUGACUUGAAGUCUGACACUGCCAAUCAGUUGCCUGAAUUUGGAAGACAACAGGCUGUUACAGAAGUUGUGAACUCUGAUAACAUGGAAAUUUUCAGUUUAAUUGAUUUUCAUGUGAGACGUGGGAGUGGCUUGGUUCUUCAUGAACUUGCAUGUCUUGCCUUUUGCCGUGCGCUUGAUCUGAUACCUUCACUGUUGGGGCCUAUAUUAAAUUAUUUCAAGUUCGCCCCACCUCCAUUUCAGUGGAUUUUGCUUGAACAACCUUUUACCAAGCCACAACUAUUGGGAAGUAUUCGUCUCUUAGAUAUUUGCCGGACAUCAUAUCGUCUUCUCUUGGUAAAACCUGAUAUUUUUGCUACAUUAUGGAAUUGGUCAUGUUUCGUGGAUCUUGUACAACUGUCAAUUAGAGAAGCCAGAAAAGUACAACAAUCUCAAGAAUAUGCAAAAGAAGCUCCCAACCAUGCUGAUGUAGGAAAAGUCACUAAUCUAUUAAACAUUAUUUUUGACACAUCAUGGUGCGGGAACCAGAUUCUUUCAGCUACCUUGAAAGAAAGCAAUACUGUUAAUGCCCAUUUUCUCGAGGCAGAUGAAAAUUUUGCAUGUUCAUUACGCUGGUUGGAAUUCUAUCAAGAUGUUUCGUUGGAAAAGGCAGGAUGGUUUAUUCCAUUAUCCAAUGAGCAAAGUCAAAGUCUAAAGAAGGAAGUGGUUGAUUGCAACCAAAUACUUCAUACUCAGAAUUUUGACCCAUCUCCAUUGGAUGUAAUGCAAACUGAGUUAAAUGAGAGUGAGUCGCCAAACAAAGAUAGAAGAUUAAUGAACUGGAAUCUAGGAUCCUGUUCAAAUCGGUUUGUCUUGACAUCUUCUGUGGGAAAAAGUUUUGAGAUGGUCAGGUUGGCAGUGGGGCAAAAGUGGCCUGUUCUUUUAUAUGGUCCAGCUGGUGCGGGGAAAACAGAACUUAUUGCUGAGUUAGCUCGUCGAUAUGGGAGUCAAGUUCUGUUGAUCCACAUGAGUGAACAAAUUGAUGGAAAAACCCUGGUUGGUAGUUAUGUUUGCGCAGAACAACCUGGGGAGUUCAGAUGGCAACCAGGUUCCCUUACACAGGCUGUCAUGAAUGGAUAUUGGGUUGUUUUUGAGGAUAUUGAUAAAGCUCCGUCUGAUGUACAAUCUAUUUUAUUACCUUUGUUGGAAGGUGCUUGUUUAUUUUCAACUGGCCACGGGGAGGCUAUAAGAGUGCCACAAGGAUUUCGACUGUUCUCCACUAUAUCAAGUUCAAAACCCGAGAUAGCAUUGUCAAAAGAAGGUGGCAGUUCUCUUAGUAAUCUUUGGAGGAGAGUAAUGAUAGAGUCACCAAGCAGUGAAGAUUUGAUGUGCAUAUUGAAAGUUAGAUACUCAAAUUUGGAACCUCUUGCUGCAAAGCUUAUUGAGACUUUGGAAAAUAUUAACCACCUUAUGAUAUUACAUACUGGGAACACUGCAUCCUUAAGUUCUUUCAGCAGAUUUACACUGAGGGAUCUUCUAAAGUGGUGCAAGAGGAUUGCUGAAUUAAAUUAUUAUUUUGAUGGAGAUGCUCUCCCAGUUGAUGUCUGCAAUAGUAUUUACCAAGAGGCGGUUGAUAUUUUCACAUCCUUCUCAUCCUCUGUGGAAAAUAGACGGUUAAUGAUGGAAAACAUUGCCAGGACUUGGGGAAUAACAACUUUGUAUCCUCUUAACAAACCUAUUGUUAAGGAGUUGCAUUCAGAUCUAUGUAUUGGAAGGGUCACCCUUCAACGCACUAAAACUGCAUUCCACAAUGUGAAGCCCUUUGUUGAAUUACGCAAUUCACUGCAUAUUCUCGAAAAAAUAGCAUGUUCUGUUAAGUUCAAUGAGUCUAUUCUAUUGGUUGGUGAAACUGGUACGGGGAAGACUACUCUUGUGCAGACUCUUGCCCAGAAGCUUGGUCAAAAACUUACUGUGCUGAACUUAAGUCAGCAAAGUGACGCUACUGAUUUAUUAGGAGGUUUCAAACCGGUCAAUGCGAGGUAUAUAUGCAUACCAUUAUUUAAGGAGUUUGAGAACCUUUUUAGGACUACAUUUUCUAUGAAGGAUAAUGAGGAUUAUCUUGAUGUUUUGAGAAAAAUGGUCACUGAUGGAAAGUGGAAGAAGCUUCUAAAUGGAUUCCAGAAAGCUGUUGAUAAGUUCAGUUUAGUAAAAUCUGGAUCAGGUAAAAAGCGGAAGAGGGGUUUGCGUCCUGAGGUAGAGAAAACCUGGAGUGUUUUCUCUAUGAAACUUCAAACUGCUUAUGCACAGAUCAACGACUCUUCUGGAAUGGUUUUUUCAUUCGUAGAAGGAGCUUUUGUUUCUGCUCUUAGAACUGGAGAAUGGAUUCUGCUUGAUGAAGUAAAUUUGGCACCUCCAGAGACUUUGCAAAGAAUAAUUGGUGUCCUUGAAGAUGAAAAUGGAUCUUUCUGUUUAGCUGAAAGAGGAGAUGUUGAACAUAUACACAGGCAUCCCAAUUUCCGCUUAUUUGCUUGUAUGAAUCCAGCUACUGAUGCCGGAAAGAGAGACUUGCCCUUCUCGUUGAGAAGUAAAUUUACAGAGUACUUUUUUGAUGAUGUGAUUGAUGAUAACGACCUGAUUUUGUUUAUUAAUCAGUUUAUGGAUGAUCAACAUGCGAAAAACGGUGAGUUAGUUAAGAAAAUUGCAUCUUUCUAUAAAGCUGCUAGGAAGAUAUCUGAAGAAAGGCUUCAGGAUGGGGCCAAUCAGAAACCUCAGUAUAGUUUGAGGUCCCUUUACCGUGCACUAGAAUAUAUUAGGAAGGCCAGAAGGAAGUUUGGAUUUAAUAGAGCUCUUUAUGAUGGUUUUUGUAUGUUUUUUCUUACAUUACUGGAUACCCCUAGUGCUAAAUCCAUGAAUCAGAUGAUUUUAUCACAUCUGUUGGAUGCUAGCCCGCCCCCCAAAAUCUCCUUUGAGAACUAUGUGGUUGUGGAAAGGAACUGUUCAUCUGUUGGGUUUGUUGAGAAUUAUGUCUUGACUGAAACAGUUAGAAAACAUCUUCAGGACUUAGCACGGGCUAUAUUUGUGGGUAGGUAUCCUGUUCUCUUACAAGGACCUACAUCUAGUGGGAAAACUAGCCUUGUUCAGUAUCUUGCUGCAAUAACUGGUCAUGAAUUUGUUCGCAUCAAUAAUCAUGAACAUACAGAUCUUCAGGAAUACCUUGGUUCUUACGUUACUGACAGCAAAGGGCAGCUUGUCUUUCAAGAAGGUGUUUUGGUUAAGGCUGUUCGUCAUGGACAUUGGAUUGUUCUGGAUGAACUUAACUUGGCUCCAUCAGAUGUUCUAGAAGCAUUAAACAGGCUGCUAGAUGACAACAGGGAGCUCUUUGUGCCUGAACUUCAAGAGACGAUACAUGCUCAUCCUGAUUUUAUGCUUUUCGCAACACAAAAUCCGCCCACAAUCUAUGGUGGGCGUAAGAUACUCUCCCGUGCAUUUCGUAACCGUUUUGUGGAAAUUCAUGUUGACGAAAUUCCAGAAAAAGAGCUGAGUACUAUUCUGCAGAAUAGGUAUAAAGUUCCUGAAAAAUAUGCGAAGAAAAUGGUUGAAGUUAUGAAAGAGUUACAACUGCGCAGGCAGGGCAGUAAGGUUUUUGCUGGGAAGCAUGGAUUUAUAACACCGAGAGAUUUAUUUCGAUGGGCGAUUCGUUUCAUGAGAAGUGGUGAAUUCUACGAAGCAUCGGGUGGAACUUCCUUUCUAUCCAAUGAAGUUUUGGCCCAAGAUGGCUAUUUUCUAUUAGCAGAAAGACUUAGAGAUGAGGGCGAGAAGAAGGAAAUUCAAGAUGUCUUGGAGAAGCGGUUUGGUGCCAAGCUUUCCGUAGAUGAUAUAUAUAACCAGAAACAUGGAGGAAGAGAUUUUAAGUCGGAGAGCUGCUCUGCAAAUCCUGGAAAUGUUGUGUGGACAAGAAGUAUGUGGAGGUUAUACUUCCUAAUAAAGAGGUGCUAUGAAAUGCGUGAGCCUGUCCUCCUGAUUGGAGAAACAGGUGGUGGGAAGACAACUGUCUGCCAAUUGCUCAGCACAAUGUUAGGUUCUGAUUUACAAAUUUUGAAUUGCCAUCGGUACACAGAGACUUCCGAUUUUCUUGGGGGAUUCCAUCCGAUACGUGAUCGAUCAAAAGUUGCACUGGAUUUCAGUGAACUUUGUGAAAAGUUGAUGCAAUCAAAGCCCUUAGUCUGCUUUCCCGAGGAUGCUAGAAUCCCUACCGAUAUUCGUCAAGCUUCUUCAACUAUCGAAAAGAUAGAUUUUAUAUUGAAUAGCUACAAGCAGGGUCGUGUUGCACAUCCUGAAGUUUCACUUUCUGACCUUAAUUUGUUGGAACAAUUGAAACAAGUUCUAGCUGAACUGCAAAAGAAAUCGCUGACUAUUUUCAUGUGGGAAGAUGGUCCUCUUGUGCAAGCCAUGAAGCAGGGAGAUUUAUUUCUUGUUGAUGAAAUUUCCCUUGCAGAUGAUAGUGUCCUUGAAAGAUUAAACAGUGUCUUGGAACCAGAAAGGAAAUUGGCACUGGCUGAGAAAGGGGGUUCUGAUCUUGAAGUAGUAACUGCUCAUGAAAACUUUCUACUCCUUGCAACAAUGAAUCCUGGUGGUGAUUACGGUAAAAAGGAGCUGUCUCCAGCCCUCCGAAAUCGUUUCACUGAAAUAUGGGUCCCCCAUGUUGGUGAUUUAGAUGAGCUUAGAGAUAUAGCUUUAUGGAGGAUUCACAAGAAGGAACUAUCAUGCAUUGUUGAGCAUAUGCUGAACUUUUGGAAGUGGUUCAAUGAGUUACAAACAGGAAAGGUUCUGACAGUCAGAGAUUUAUUAUCUUGGGUUGAUUUUAUAAAUUCAACUGAAGGGAGUUUACAACCAGAAGUUGCAUGCUUGCACGGGCUAUUCCUUGUGUUGCUUGAUGGCCUAAGUUUAGGAACAGGGAUAGUGGAAACUGAGGCUGGAGAGUUGAGGGAGAGCUGCUUUUCUUUUCUUUCUGAACAACUAAAGGUUGACAAUUUCAGUUUGCUUGACCCAAGGCUUUACAGUGUAGAAAAUUAUGACUGUGGUGAUCUUGGACAUAAUCCAUCAUGUGAUCACAUGGAAUGUGAUGAUGUUUUUGGAAUCAAUCCUUUUUUCAUCUCCAAAGGCAAUGCGCCACUUGACGCUGAGGGUUUUGAGUUCUCAGCAAAAACUACACGCAAAAAUGCCUUAAGAGUGCUGCGAGCUAUGCAGCUACAGAAGCCUGUUUUAUUGGAAGGAAGCCCUGGUGUUGGAAAAACAAGUUUGAUUAUGGCUCUUGGGAAAUAUUCCCAGCAUACGGUUGUGCGAAUAAACUUAUCAGAACAGACUGAUCUGAUGGAUCUAUUAGGUUCAGACCUGCCUGUUGAGAGUGAUGAUGGGUUACAAUUUGCAUGGUCAGACGGAAUCCUUUUGCAGGCUCUCAAAAAUGGGUAUUGGGUCUUGCUGGAUGAGCUUAAUCUUGCUUCACAGUCAGUCUUAGAGGGUUUGAAUGCGAUCCUUGAUCAUCGAGCUGAAGUUUUCAUCCCAGAAUUAGGUAUUACCUACAAGUGCCCACCAUCCUUCAGAGUGUUUGCAUGCCAAAACCCAUCUUAUCAGGGUGGUGGCCGUAAGGAGCUCCCAAAAUCAUUUCUAAACCGUUUUGCGAAGGUUUAUGUAGACCAGUUAGCUGAGGAGGACUACAAAUUCAUAUCUAGUUCCCUUUUCCCAUCAAUCUCAGAGUCAUUACUUGACAAGAUCAUUCAUUUUAAUAAGAGGUUAUGUGAAGACAUUAUGAUAUAUCGCAAAUUUGGCCAAGGUGGUUCUCCUUGGGAGUUUAACCUUCGGGAUGUGGUUCGUUUGUGUCAGCUCAUACAAGGUGCUCCUCAAAGAUCAAGAAUUGAUUGCUUCGUCAAUACAAUUUACAUCAAGAGAAUGCGUAAAGAGACCGAUCGAAAAGAAAUUCUGAAACUAUUCUUUGAGAUAUUUGGAGUGAAGCCAUCUUUGAAUCCCUAUCCUCGGGUGCAGCUUACUCCUGGCUAUUUGAUUGUUGGAGAUACCCGUAUUGAAAGAAGUCAUGUUCAAUUAUCAAAAGCUCUUAGUAGUGAGCUAAAACUUUUGCCUGGGAUACGCCAUAAUUUGGAGGCUGUUUCUACUUGCGUGCAGCAAGGAUGGUUGUGUGUAUUGGUUGGUUCUCCUUCAUCUGGAAAGACCUCAAUAAUAAGGCUUCUUUCAGAGCUCACAGGAAAUGUUCUAAAUGAACUAAAUCUUUCUUCUGCGACGGACAUAUCUGAAUUACUUGGAUGCUUCGAGUUACAGCAAGAAGACAGCUCUAGAAAGUCUCAUUCAGCAAAAUUUGAAUGGGUUACUGGGGUUUUAGUAAAAGCUGUGGAGAAUGGAGAGUGGAUUAUCUUGGAGAAUGCAAAUCUUUGCAAUCCUACAGUUCUUGAUCGAAUCAAUUCUUUAGUCGAGUCACGUGGAUCAAUCACAAUUAAUGAGUGUGGAACUCUAGACGGGAAGCCUAAGGUUAUCCAUCCACAUCCAAAAUUUCGGAUGUUUCUGACUGUUGAUCCUAGUUAUGGAGAGAUCUCGCGUGCAAUGCGAAACAGAGGAGUUGAGGUUUAUAUCAUGCCUCCUCAUUGGCUACUAAACAAUGCUAGUGAUGAUAAUCAUCAUGUUGAUGAGCUUAAUGAUGUACGUCAGUUUCUUAUCCUCUCGGGUAUUCCUUUCGAUUCGGUGGUAGACUCAAUGGCGAAAUCCCACUUGUACACCAAGAAUGAAGGAUUGUGUCUAAAUGUCAGCAUUACAUAUCUUGAGCUUGGUCGGUGGGUACAAUUAUUAAAGCAACUUCUUGCUGGCGGUGGUCAAUUAGUAUGGAGCCUCCAGAUUAGUUGGGAAUAUACAUAUAUUUCAUCUCUAGGGAAGGCCAGGGGAAAUGAUAUCUUAUCAUAUGUGAUGCAUACUUUUCUGUCUGUACCCAAGUUCUAUGUAGUUUCUGGUUCUCCAUGUCUUCCAGGGGGCUGGCCUUCACCACUACAAAUUAGAGAUUUUGUUCAAUAUUCAAGAGAAGCUUGUAUCAGACAGAACUGUAUGUAUCUGGAGUAUAUUGGUGCGCAGGGUGCAUCUUCUAUGCAUUGUUCACCCCACAUUAAGAGGCAAAUGGGGCCUUACCUAAUGGAUAUGAAGAUGUUGAAGACAUCCUUGUUUCCGAAUUCAGAUCUUUCUCAUCAUGGAUCACAGGAAGACGGUGACUUGGGGCUAAUGAAAAGGAGACUUAUGUUGGCUGCAAACUGGACAAUUGAACAAGCCACCGAACAUGAUCUUCCGCUUUAUCUUCAUUGGUUCAGUUGGUUUGCGCUUCAGUUAACACCAGAUUCUGGAAAUUUCUUUAAUUCUUUUCUCUCUUCCUUACAAGAGGAGUUGAAUCAUCCUAUUUGGAAUUGUAUUUUCCAAUGCCGUGGCAAGCUUCUGUCUCAUCAUAAUGUAGAUCUUGAAUCCUGGCCUAUACCUAUGCUGUCCUUGGAGUUAGUUGAUUUAUCAGACGAUAAAAUAUCACAAUCUACUGACUCUAAUAACAUGCUAGAAUCUCAAAAUGAACUCCUGAACUCAAUAAGAUGCAUUAGCUUGUUAAGGGUUACAUUUCAACAAUGGAAAGCUGAAGAAGAGGGAUGCCAUAUUAAUUUCCAGCCGUGGAAAGUUGACAGUUUGUUUGAAUAUAGUGACAAAGAUCAGUGCCUGAAACGUUUUCUUUUUGCUCUACGAAGACUGGAAGAAAAACUGCUCAAUGGACUAGUCCAAUCACCAGAGUUCAGUUCACUGGUUCAGCUUUAUGCUGGGCUUAUUGAAGAGCAUGUAUCAUUUUGGACAUCUAUUACAUCAGGCCAGAGUGAGAAUUUACAACUGUCAUGGCAUUCUUUGUUGAAAAGUGCUGAAAAAUUGCAAUACCUUUUUCCAGAUGAAGUUGUUGCCUUGUUGAUGGAGAGCAAAAGGCUGAAAGGAGAAACUUCAUGGGGUCACUAUUUGCAGAAGUCUCUACUGUGGGUACAUGGAGGUCAUCCACUUGUAGCUUCUUCGUCUGUUAUGCAUUCAAAUCAAUCCCAGCUUUUGCGACUUUGUGAAUCAGUCUGGCCGAAUGAUGCAAAGAAGAGAAACAGUGCUACAGAUGAGAGCUUUAUUACAGGUGCCGUGUCUUCUAGUCCUGGACUUCGUCGACUGGCUUUGGAAGGUAUCAGUAUGUCAACAUAUGUUAUGACAAACAUUGAGGAAAGUGACCCUGUCGAUCAACUGGAGGAGAUGUACCAGGUGCUUGUUAAAAGACUAGCACAUGAAAAGGACCAGUUGAAAGCUGUUUCAGAUGCCAGCAAGUGCACUACUAUGUCUUUGAAAAAUUUAACUGCGUGUUGCAUAUUGUCACCUAAGAUAUUGUGCAGAAAGUUUGGGUUUGAUGGUUGGCAGGAUACACGUCCCAUAGUUGAGAAGGCAGCCUUUUUGUUUGAUCUGCAACUACUUAAGAAGCUAUCAGAUUUUGUUUUGGUCAAUGGAAAAGAGGGCUCUCCUUCGGAUCCAUCUACUUUAUCUGAUCAGCUGGAAUUUUGCCUGAAGUUUUCACUGGACUUCUCAUCACGACCUCCAAUUACUCUUGCACCGCACCAGAAGAUUUUAUGGACACUUGAUGUUUUAGCAACACCAAAUGAAGAAAAUAUCAAAGUUGCUAGUUUCGUGCUUGAGAUGUGGUUUUGUUGGCAUUCAUUGAUAUGGAGUCUCCAGCCUUCUGAAACUAAGGGCAUAGCCAAUGUUAAUAUUGAGGGCAUGCUGCUACCAGAUGCACUUUUCAAGCCCAUAAGAUUUUCCACUGCCAACAGGAUUUUGCAAAGUGAACCUUCUGUCAAUGAGUACCCAUUGUAUUGUUGGAAGCUUAGACUUGCUUCACAUUAUCUCUGGAGAAGUUUUCUACCAGUGACCGAUGUACAGAACGAUCUCUAUUGUGCUGCUAUCUCUCUCUUCCAACAGAUUAUAUAUGCUCAUCAGAAGUCAUUUUGUGCUGAUGAUUUUAUCUUGAUCAAGUCAAUUCUUUGUUCAUCGCAGAAAGAAUUUAAAACGCAAAAUGAUAUAAAGAAGUUGCUUUCUCUUCUCAAGUCAUCAAGCCACCCUGGAUUUGUUUCAUUGGUGGAACCGUUUCUCAAGCCAACUUUGAAUGAGUUGUAUCUUAAGCGCUCGUCGGGAAUUGCAGACUCAAUUUAUGGGCUAGGAUGUGCCUGGUUGCAUAUAGGGGUAAUUCGUUAUCAUCUCUUGAUAUUGUGUGAUGAUAUGGAUCCUACUGUGAAGUACUCCUCCAAGUACCAGAAGUUGCUUGAAAAUAUUGCUUUGUUGGAACUUGAUAUCAAGGUACGAGAGGAAUGUGUAUUUUUGGCUGGAUCUUUUGCCCGAAGGGAAGCAGAAGAACAAAGAACAAGAUUGGCAAAUCUAAAAGAUGAGUGUAGAAUGUUCCAGAGAAAGGUUGUAUACCGGUCUGAUCCUGGGAAAUUUCUGGAGUUAAAAAAUCUCUGUUCUGAAUUUCUAAAGAUGAUCAUGCCUUCAUUUGACUCGAUCAAGAAUGUCAAAAGCAUUGAUACACAGAUUUUAAUGGAACAAAUGCGCAACUGGCAGGUGACAUCAAGCAACUUCAUCAGCCGCUUAUCAACUGACUAUGCUGCAUACAUUGAUAUAAUUCAACCUGUUCAGAUAGCAGUGUAUGAAAUGAAACUAGGUUUGUCAUUGGUUCUUUCUAGUGCCACUCAGGAAAAAUAUCUUGAGAGGAUUGGCAUGGGAAAUUUGAAUCAGGUUAAGGAGUCCGUAUAUGCAUUUGUGAGAUUUCCUCGAGGCUGUGCAUUGAAAACUCUCUCCUUUGACUUUGACUUGAUCAGUGAGGGAAUGAUUCCUUCCCGUCACAUUGUUUCUCCGAUAAGCGUAAAUGAAUUGGAUGUGAAUUUGCUAGAAAAUAUGGUUGCUUCUAUUGAUGUCCAUUCAGAUAAUAAGGAGUUAAUUCUUCCUUUGAAGGCUGAUAUUUAUCAAAACAUCCUUCUUCGUGCUGCACACUCUAUUGCUGAUGCACAAUUAAUGGAUGAUGAAUCUUUUGCUUUUCUGGAGAACACAUUUGAAAAGUUUGCAAGCCUUUGGGUGGAUAUGAAAGUCCAAAUAAAAGCUAGAGAAACUGAUGAAGCUCGGCAGUACAUAUUUAAGCCUCGUGCAUUUAACAUCGGUAAGAUCAUGGAGAUUGAUAGGUCAAUUAAAGACAGUCCGUUUGGAGACGAAAUGUCUUCAGAAUGGCAGGAUCUGAUUUCUGAAGAGGAACUGGAUGCGGAGAAUGCUCAUGAAGAAAAUGAUACUCUGGAAGACGAAUGGAAAUUUAUCGAGGAGUCUUUACUGAACAACCUUGUCAACACCCACAAUCAGUUAUUUGGGUCAAAGGAUCUUCUGCACGCUGUCGGGAACUUUAAAGUGUCUGAAGCUGAGAGAUUGACAUCCUUCUUGGGCUCUUACAAGUUGGGAGAAAAAAUGAGCACAGAUAUGAAUGGCCUAAUAUACUCCAAUUUGGAUGCUAUACUUGUGCCAGAGCAAAUGCUCCAUCUUUGCUUGGAGCAUGAGCAAAAAUUCAACAUCUCAUGUGGUUUUGAUCGCCCAUAUAACUUUUACAAGGAUGCCAAUGCUCCUGAGUUUUCUAAGAUUGUGGAGCCAGUAACUGCUUUACAACGGUCUAUAAUGACUCUUAUGACUGAAUGGGAUAACCAUUAUGCUCUUCAGACAAUAAAGGAUAUAACUGAGAAAAUAUUGGAAUUUCCUUUGAGCACUCCUCUGCAUAAGGCUUUGUCUGGCCUGCGGUUCCUUUAUAACAAGGUUCGAGGGGUUCAAGAAACAGUGGCGAAGUUUCCCUUGUCAGGCGAACUAGCAUCUAUUAUUCAACUUGCAUCCUCAUGGCAGAAAUUAGAAUAUGAGUAUUGGCCUGCCAUGUUUGAUGAAGUCGAGAAGCAAUUUGAUGUUAAUGCUUCAAAGUUAUGGUUUCCUCUGUACUCGGUGCUUAAGCAGAAGCACAGCAAGGAUCUCAUUGAACAUAAUAAGAUAACUAUCGAGAGUUUGAAAGCGUUCAUGGAAACAUCCAGUGUUGGUGAAUUCAGAAGACGCAUUCAACUUCUUUUUGCUUUACAUGGAUAUAUCAAAGCUGGAAUUUGCAGAGGGCUCUUCUCAAGCUCAUAUUAUGAGGAAAAUUUGAAGAUCAUGUACAAUAUGUUUGGGUUCUAUGUGCAACAUUUGCCUGUAGUGUUGGAGCAUAUAGAUCUCAACAAAAAAACUAUUCAAUCUGAACUGAAAAAAGUUCUAAAAUUAUGUAAAUGGGAUCAUCCAGAGAGGAGUAUGUCCGUUGAUGACUCAAAAAGGACCAAACAGAAACUUAGAAAGCUCAUACUAAAAUAUACUGAUGUACUCCAGAAGCCCAUAAUGCUUGUGAUCAAUCAAGAAGCACUAAAAAGGGGAAUGACUGUGCAAACUUCACCCAAGUAUCCGAUUCCGGACUUGUCAAUAAGAGCUGAAGAAAGGUUUUCUUGGUUCUUGGAAUGGAAAACAAAAGUAACUGAGAAUUUGCAAUACUUGCGGUCUGGAAGAAGUCCCGAUUUUGAAUUUUUAAAUACUUGUUUAAAAGACGGUUCUUUGAGUGAAUGUUUCACUUCAAACUCUACCUGCAUAACACUCAAAGAGGAGAAUCUGGGAAUCUGGACUACAAUUGACAGCAUCUUGCAAACUGCAGUGUCUUGCAAUGAUCUAUGGAUUGGUGAAGGAAAGAGUUUAGGCAAGAGAAGGGCUUUAUCUGAAUUUUUGAAAUUACUGGACUCUUGUGGUUUGUUCAAGCAUCGGUCCUCUCUCAUUAAGGAUCAGGAAUUGGAUCAGUCAAGUUGGUGGCUAUUUCAGUCUUCUUAUGAUAUAAGUCAUUUGCUACCAACACAAGAUGGUCUGCCUUCCGAAGAGGAUAUUUCUGCUGUUCUUAGUCAAGCUCUGAGUCUUCCUUCUGAAAAUGUUGCUGGCUUAUGGGAAGCAACAAACAAGUACUAUUUCAGGAGCAUUAGUUCUGUGAAUAACCUGUUGUCGGUUUCCCUGAAUUUGCACAAGGACUUCACUAAUGAACAGGUUCUCCGGUCAUGUUCUUUCCUCAAUCACCUUGUUGUAAUACAACAAGAGAAUCGUGCCGCUGCCUAUGGUUUUGCUGAAAAACUGGGACAUUUGAAGAAAUGGGUUUUGCAUUUUGAAAACCUAUAUUCCGGUUCCCAAAGUGACGGGAACUGCCCUUUUGCUGAGAAACAACAUUUAACUUUUCAAUGCAUGUGGCAGCAAAAACAAGUAUUCGAUAGCUUGUGUUCCAUGACGAGUGAGGAGUGUCUACUACUAAAAAUGGUAGAAAACAACCAUUUGGCUACCUGCGAGUCUGUCAAAGUCGCAGCACACAGUACUCGAUUGUUCAUUGAAGAAUAUCUACCAGUUUUUCAAAGAUCUAAGGAUUUACUUGAUACUUACCUCCUUGGCCAUAACCGAAUGCUUCCAUCAUCAUCGGCUUCACUCCAUCCCUAUGGAGUUUCAAAACAAAUGGAACUGUUGGUUCUACAGAAUUUCAGGGUGGUAGAAAUGUUUGAGAAACAAGUUUAUGAGAUAGACGAUCAUCAAGCAUCGUUUAAGAAUGCUUUACUACUUUGCUACCAAGACAUAUUCGACAAGGUCAAUUUGAUAUCAUCAGAGUACUAUAGUAAUACAAAGAUAACAAUUUUACUAGACGGAGAGAAAAGCAUUGCUUCAUCUGACGAACUUGAAGCAGCAUAUGAUGAAGCUCUCAAGGAAACUUAUAAUCAUAUGAUAGAUGUAUUCAACUGCAUAGAGUCAUGGAGUACUGAUCAAACCGCUAUUGACUCCCAUGGAAAUAUUACUUUAUGGAAAGAUUUAUUCGAAUCCCGAUUAACAAACCUGAACUUGGAUUCCUUAAACAAAACGAUAACGAAGUUGGUUUGCCAUGCUGGGAAAUUGGUAAACCAUUGCGCUGAAGGGAGCCGCUUCCAUAGUAUUGUUGGAGUACAUCUGAAACAUGUGUUCUUGCUUUUGGAGUCGUUAGUGAACUUGGGCGUCGGUCUUUUGGAUAACUUUCAAGAUAUUCAAAGGACGGUUUCCUUAAUGACAUGUUUACUGGCUAAUAUAUUUGCUUCACUAUAUACUAAAGGGUUUGGGCAACCAUCUGAAGAUGAGACGACAGAAGCAGGUGAUGGGAAUUCACAGGAGGCUAAAGGCACUGGUAUGGGAGAUGGAGCAGGAAAAAACGAUGUUAGUGAUCAGAUAACUGACGAGGAUCAACUUCUUGGGGCAUCAGACCAGCCAGACGCAAAAGAAGAUGGUUCUAAUCAAGUUCCAAAUGAUAAGCCUAAAGGAAUUGAAAUGGAACAGGAUUUUGAGGCCGAUACUUUCAGUAUGAAUGAGGAAUCUGGGGAUGAGAACGAUGAAGAUGAUGAAAAUAAUGAGGAAGAGCAACUGGAUUCAGUGAUGGACAAAACAGGUUCAGACAAUGAGACAGUUGCUGAGAAAUUAUGGGAUAAAGAUGAGGAUAUUGAAGAAAAACCAGAAAGUAAAAAGGAGAAGUAUGAAACGGGACCUUCAGUCAAAGACACAGAUUCCAGCAAUCGAGAGCUUCGAGCAAAGGACGAAAACGAUACUAGCCAUGAAGACAACAUGGAUGCAGACGAUUCAAAUCCUGACAAAACGAAUGAUGGUGUUGACGAUGAUGAUGAUGAUAAUGAAAAUGAAGAUCGUCUUGAUGGUGACGAGACACCAGAUGAUAUGAACAUUGAUAAACAGGAUGCUUUUACAGAUUCUUCAGGUUUGAAAAUUGACGAGAAUGAUCAAGUUCAAGAAGAAGAUAAGAUGAUAGAUGAAGAGGAGAAAACAGAACCAAUGGAAGAUGCCAAUUUGGAUGAAAACGACGAGCCAGGUGAGAAUAUAGUAGACGAGGAUGAUAAAGCCGUUAGUGCUGAUGAAUACGAAGAAGGCGGAGAAAAUGAAAAAGGGAAUAAGAAUCUCGAUACAGAUGAACCAGUUGAGAAUAAUCCAGAAGAAGAGAGUACAGAAAUGGACUUGGUUGACGAGAAACCAUACCAACCCAGUUUCAGAAACCCUAGCACUAACAUGACAAGUGCCGAAUCUCAACCUCAACCUAUGAACGACUCAUGCGAAGCCGGUGCUACUGAUUCCAUAGCAGAGACAAAAUGGUCUUCCGGAAGUGAAACUCAGAACGAUUUCGCCCCUACGAAAGGACCAAACGCAUCUGACAUUGAAAAAACGACAACCGAUCCGUCUGACACUGGAAAAACGAACGAUCAACCUCAAAAUCAGCCAUCUCAAGAUUUACCGUCACAAAAAAUGCAAUCAAAUCCUUGUCGUAGCAUUGGAGAUGCGCUAAAGGACUGGAAAGAGAGAGUCAGAGUGAGUGUUGAUGUUCAGGAAAAUCAAUUAGAGGAUCAGUCGAAUAUUAUGGAAGAAGAUAAUGUAAAUGAGUAUGGAUAUACUCAAGAGUUCGAUAAUGGAACAGAUCAGGCUCUUGGACCUGCAACUACCGAACAAAUGAACAAUGAAAUAAGCGGCGAGAGGCCCGAUGGAGACAGUAAAACCGGAGCUGAAAGAGACGACGAAAUUGCACCCGUUCAAGCUGACAAGAACGAAAACAAGCCCCAGCCUCCUAAGAACUCUGCAUCGAGUCUUUUGAGCAAGAUGAACGAAUUGCAGAAGAACCCAGAAGGAACAAGUGACGUGGCGCCUGAUUCUGACGCGUCUGACGGGAAUAGAAUCGAUGGGAGUCGAUCUGAGAGUUUGGUAUCGAUGAAGAAAUCCUUUCUGAACGACGACAUUCGUCAAUUUACUGAUCUUUCGCUCGAUGAUGAUGAUCGUGAUCUGGGGAAGGCUAAUGAGGAGCAAAUGAAUAUUGGAAUGAUAAACAGUGAGGCUGUUGCUCUUUGGAAGAAAUACGAGAUGAGGACAUCAAGAUCGUCUCAGGAGUUGGUUGAACAGUUACGGAUGGUGAUGGAACCGACUCGAGCUAGCAAGCUUCAGGGCGAUUACAAAACUGGGAAAAGGAUUAACAUGAAGAAGGUUAUACCUUAUAUAGCGAGUCACUAUAGAAAAGAUAAAAUAUGGCUGAGGCGAACACGACCCGAUAAACGAAACUACCAAGUGGUGAUUGCUAUGGAUGAUUCUCGAAGCAUGUCUGAGUCGCAUUGUGGAGAUGUUGCUAUUGAGGCUCUUGUGACAGUUUGUCGAGCCAUGUCUCAACUAGAAGUGGGUGAUCUUUCGGUUGCAAGUUUUGGGAAGGAGGGGAAUAUUCAAUUACUUCAUGAGUUUGAUAAGCCAUUCACCCAAGAUGCUGGUGUCAAGGUCAUCUCAAGCCUGACAUUUAAUCAAGAAAAUACAAUAGCUGAUGAGCCAAUGGUAGAUCUCUUGAGGUAUUUGAACAACAUGCUUGAUUCUGCUGUGGUUAGUGCAAGGCUUCCAUCUGGUCAAAACCCCUUGCAGCAGCUUGUUCUGAUCAUCGCCGAUGGUCGCUUCCACGAGAAGGAGAAAUUGAAGCGUUAUGUGAGGGAUGCCAUAAGUAGAAAGCGAAUGGUGGCAUUCUUGCUAGUUGACAGCCCCGAAGAAUCCAUUAUGGAUCUCGAGGAUGCAUCAUUUGUAAAUGGGAAUGUGGAGUUCUCCAAGUAUCUUGAUUCUUUCCCGUUUCCUUACUAUAUCGUGUUGAAGAACAUCGAAGCAUUACCCAGGACUCUGAGUGACUUACUAAGACAAUGGUUCGAGUUAAUGCAGUACUCGAGAGAGUAGUUAUAUAGAAAAGAGGCGUAAAAAGGAACCAAACCAGGUCUUCCAUGACAAUUUUGUUAGGUGGCGAGAGUGAUUAUAUAUAGAAGAUUCCUUCAUUGUUUCUUUCUUCUCCCUUUGAAUGGGAUUUGUUAUAGGAGAGGAGAGCAUUAAAUUUUGACCAAACUGAAUUUUUGAUGAUUUUGAGUUUUCAAUGGGAAACCUUAACUUUUUACGCCAAA